AUGCCGAUAUCAAAAGACACCCCCAUCUCCAUCCUCGGCAGCGGCGCCUGGGGCCUCUCAACAGCAAUCCACCUCCUCGCCGCCGGCCACACCAACCUAACCGUCUACGACCGCUCCCCCGAAAUCCCCUCCCCCUACUCCGCCGCCUACGACCUCAACAAAAUCGUGCGCGCCGAAUACGAAGACCCCUUCUACACCCGGCUCGCCCUCCAAGCCAUCCACGCCUGGAAAACCCACCCGGCGUUCACACCGCACUACCACCAAACCGGCUACGUCGUCGCCUGCACGGGUCGCGCGCCCCCGAAAGCCGUCGAGCACCUCGAGAAAGCCCUCGCGUCGAUUGAGCAGGAUCCGGCGUUCAAGGCGGGGAUUCGGAGACUGGAGGGCCGCGAGGCGUUCAGGGAUUAUACGUGGCAGUAUACGGGUCCGUUGAGCCAGUGGAAGGGGUAUUAUAACCGUCUCGCGGGCUACGCGCACUCGAGCGAUUCCCUCCGCAGCGCGUGGGAGUUCGCCGCAAGGAGGGGUGUCAAGUUCGUGCUUGGUGAGGAGGCGGGGAGAGUUACGAAACUCGUCUACUCCGGCAAGAAAUGCACGGGCUUCGUCACGGCCGACGGACAGACGCAUUCUUCGGCUCUUACAAUCGUGGCCCUGGGCGCCCACGGCGCCUCCCUCCUCCCCAGCCUCGGAAAAUUCUCCGUCGCGCGCAGCUGGUCCGUCGCGCACGUCCAGCUCACGGAGGAGGAAUGCAAUCUCCUCCGCGGAAUCCCCACGACGAACGUGCGGGAUCUGGGAUUCUUCUUCGAACCAGACCCUAAAACCCGACUGUUCAAACUCUGCCCCUUAGGGAUCGGCUACACGAACCCGGAUGCGAAAACGGGGAUAUCCCUCCCACCGCCUGACCGUCUCCCGCCACCGCAGGACUUCAUCCCAUACGAGGACGAGAAGAAGUUGCGCCAACUCCUCCGCGAAACCUUCCCCUGGAUGGCGUCCCGCCCCUUCGUCGACCAGAAACUCUGCUGGUUCGCGGAUACCGCGGAUUCAGAAUACUGCAUCGACUACGUACCCGGCACCGAGAACUCCGUGAUUUGUCUGUCAGGGGAUUCCGGGCACGGCUUCAAGAUGAUGCCGGUGUUUGGGGAGUGGGUUGUGGAGUUGAUCCAGCGAGGGAAGCAGCCUUUGGAGCGGUGGCAGUGGAGGGAGGGGAGUGUUGGAGGGGGGGAUUGGGGCGAAAAGGUUAGUUGGAGGAUUGGGAAGGGGGCGGAGUUGGGGGAGUUGAUUCGGGCGAAGGAGAGGGUUGUUAGGGCAAGGUUGUAG